AUGCCUAGCAACGUCAGGGGAGAGCGUGUAAGCGGAGUGGGGGCUGUCUCUGGAGGCCUGCUCCAGCUUGCUGUCUCUUGGUUCCAGAAUGCUCUGGGGCUUGAUCAGGCUCCCUCACAGCACAUCCCAAAGCCAUGGGUGAUUCCAGUGCCAAAGGGGACCCUACAGCGCAUAUUUGGGACCAGCCAGGUGUUCCGGAACUUUGAUGAUAUAAAACCAAAGCCUGCAGGGUUAACGGUGCCCCUCAAAGUCAGGGAGUACUACCAUCGAGGCCAUCAGUGCUUGGAGCAAGAAGACUGGGAGGUGGCCGUGCUGUUCUUCUCCCGUGGCCUCCACCUGGACUCCCAGCUGGUAGAAUUCUAUGCCUUGAGAGCCGAGGCCUACAUCCAGCUCUGCGACUUUUCCUCGGCUGCCCAGAACCUUCGAAAGGCCUACUCCUCCCAGCCAGAGAACACGGACUUCCUGGAGCGGCUCACCUUGGUGCUUUACCUGAAGGGCCAGUGCCUUUUCGAGCAAUGCGCCUUUCUGGAUGCCCUGAACGUCUUCUCUCAAGCCUCUGAGCUCCAGCCUGAGAAAUUCUGCUUCCGUUAUCGAUGCAUGGCCUGUCUCCUGGCCCUCAAGCGGCAUCGUGAAUGCCUCUCAUUCGUCACCAAGGAGGUGGAGCAUGGCACCACCAAUGCCGAUGUCUACAUCCUCCGGGCCAGGCUCUACAACUUCUUCCAGCAGCCCAGCCUCUGCCAUCGAGACCUGCACAGUGCCUUGCUACUGGAUCCCAAGCACCCACAGGCCAAGGUGCUGCUCAAGGUGAUGGUGGACCAGGCCCAAGAGGCACGCCAAGAAGCCGGCAUCCUGGCCGUGCAGGGCAAGCUGCAACGUGCGCUGCAGUGUAUCAACUGUGCCAUCGAGAACAACCCUCUGGACCCCAGCCUCUUCCUCUUCCGGGGCAUUAUGUACCGACGGCUCCGGGAGUUUGACUCCGCCGUGGAGGACUUCCUGAAGGCGUUGGACAUGAUGACCGAGCACCAGGAGGACCUGGUGCAGCAGGCGCAGUGCCAACUGCUCUUGGCCUACAACGACUUCGCGGUGCACUGCUACCUGCAGGGCGCCUACCAGGAGAGCGUGCUGCUGCUCAGCAAGGCGCUCAAGGACGAGCAGCGGGAGAAAGGCCUCUACAUCAACCGCGGGGAUUGCUUCUUCCAACUGGGCAACCUGAUCUUUGCUGAGGCGGACUACCAGCAGGCGCCGGCGCUGAGUCCGAAGGACGAGGGCGCCCACUUGCGCUUGGGCCUACUGCAGGAGAAGUUGGGCUUCUGCGAGCGGAGGAGAAGGCAGUUCCAGAAGACAGAGAACCACUUCUCAAUGGCCAUCCAGCACAACCCCCAGAAGCCCCAGUACUACCUGUACCGCACCAGGAGCCGGCAGCUCACGCAGAACAUUUUUGGGGCCCGCCAGGGUGUUGCCACUGUCCUGCUCCUUGACCCCAAACAACCGAAGCUGCUGCCACUGAUGGCCAACCUCUUCCCCGGCCUGUCAGUGGAGGAGGUGCUUAACAGCCAGGUGGCCCACCUGGCCAGGCUGCAGCUGGAGCGGGUGGUGGAGCACAGCCUGCAGGCCGGCACCCCUCAGGAUAUCGUGGGGCGGCUCAAGGAGCGGGAACUAGAGCGCCAGAGGGCCGCCCGGGCCCUGCAGCUUUCGUGGAAGCUGGAGCAGCCUUUGUUCGAGACGUCCAAAGAGCUGGAGGCCACUCACCAGUCCCUGCAGGCAAAGCCAGAAGGCCCAGAGGAAGAGGCCAAGGCCCCUGGGGAGAAGGAGAAGCUGGAGCCGGCCCCCAGCAAGGAGAGGUCCUUGACCGACAGCUACAUCAGCCAGACCUCUUCAGGCUCCGUCUUGGGCUUCAGGACCACAUCCACCUCAGAGACGGAGACGUCCACUGUCUGCCAGGAAUACGGGAGCACUUCGACCACUGUUGUAACAUUCUCUGACUCCUCACCGCUAAGGACACAGUCCUCAGACUCGGGGGACAAGAGGGAAGACCUAAGCCUAAGCCACAGCCCCAGAAAAACCAAGUCCACCCCAGGCCACAGCCAGAGGCCCAGCAGGACCGAGGCCGACCAGAUCCAGAGCCAGAGGCCCAGCAGGACUGAAGCCAACCAGAUUCAGAGCCAGAGGCCCAGCAGGACCGAGGCUGCCCUGAGCCAGAGCCAGAGGCCCAGCAGGACCGAGGCCGACCAGAUCCAGAGCCAGAGGCCCAGCAGGACUGAAGCCAACCAGAUUCAGAGCCAGAGGCCCAGCAGGACCGAGGCUGCCCUGAGCCAGAGCCAGAGGCCCAGCAGGACCGAGGCCGACCAGAUCCAGAGCCGGAGGCCCAGCAGGACUGAGGCCGCCCUGAGCCAGAGCCAGAGGCCCAGCAGGACCGAGGCCAUCUGGGUCCAGAGCCAGAGGCCCAGCAGGACCGAGGCCAACCAGAUCCAGAGCCAGAGGCCCAGCAGGACCGAGGCCAACCAGAUCCAGAGCCGGAGGCCCAGCAGGACCGAGGCCAUCCAGGUCCAGAGCCAGAGGCCCAGCAGGACCGAGGCCGACCCGAUCCAGAGCCGGAGGCCCAGCAGGACCGAGGCCGCCCUGAGCCACAGCCAGAGGCCCAGCAGGACCGAGGCCGCCUGGAGCCCAAGGCGAAAGCUCGACAAGACUAAGGCCACCCAGGGCUCAAGGCAGAGGCUCAGAAAGGCCAAGGGUGCCCAUGGCCAGAGCUGGAGACCCAGAAAGGCUGGUGCCACCCGGGACUGGAGCUGGAAACUGAUCCAAAGUCCCAGCAAGAUCAAGACUUUCUAUGACCCAAGUUGGAGCCCCUGCAACACCGAGGCCACUGAAGGCCAGAGCCAGAGGCCCAGCCAGUCCAAGGCUGCCCAGAGCUGGAGCCAGAGCACAAGUCCAGGUUCCGGCAAGACCGAGGUCACCUGGGGACUGAGCCCAAGUCUCAGCAACACACAGACCACCCAGGGCCUGAGACAGAACCCCAGCCCCGGCAGUUAGGUUACUGUCUGAAGGGGCCGCUCGGCCCCUUCACUUCUUGCUGGGCUGCGGGCGAUUCUGCCCCUACCACUGGCCACUCAGCAAGGCAGCCUCCUCCAGAGCAAUGAGAACCUCAGCCAACAUUCCUCUGGUUCCGUGGCUAAAUUUAUUCCUCUGGUCC